AUGAAUGUUAACGAGCUGGAAGGGGAUCUACGCGAGCUGUAUUGCAAUAGAUCAUCCUUUGAGGUGCCGAACUAUACUCAUAUCUCUACCAGUACUGCUGAAUGGAAACUUGGUCCUAUAUUCUCUGAGCGCGAGGUCUGGGACUUGAAUGAUCCGGUAUAUGAUGCCUACAUUACAGAGGCAGCUGGUGUUUGCGUUACGACUCAGGUAAAAGGUCCUACUCCGGGAGUACAGGAAUUCCCAAUGACUACAAUGUUCCUACACCCACCAAGCCCCAAGAUUGUAGCUUUCAAGCAGAUCAUGGGUUUUAUGAGCAGACGCGGAAAAAUGACCCUCUUCCUGGUGGAUUUAUGGUAUUCAUUGUCAUGGAAAGGUUGCCCGGGCGAAACCUUCAAAACUUUAACGAGUUGCCUAUGUUUGAAAGAGACCAAGUUAGACUGGCUUUUGCCAAAACAAUACGAUAGGGAAUUUUAUUCCAGAAGAUACAUUCACUAUGACCCCCAUCGUCGCAAUCUGAUGUGGGACCGCGAGAGUAAAAAAUGUUACAUAAUCGAUCUUGAAGAUGCACGCCAUCUUGACGAUGACUGCCCCCCAAAAAUAUUUACGCCCGAGAGAGAUUUCCUUGUGUGGGGUAUUGCGGGCCCCGAAAUCAAUACGAGCCUGUAUGGUCUUGACCCAAUGGUCCCGCAUGAUCGCAAGUUCAUCAAGAAUCCUAGUGACGAGGAACUUGAGAAAAUGGCACAAGACGCUGCAGGAAAGCCGUUGUAUUUUGCGGAAACUACCUAA